AUGAGAAAGCCUCAUGCAUUAGCAAAUAGACUUGAUGAAAAGAUGAAAUUGCUUAAAGCUCGGGAGGAGGAUAUUAAAAGGAAGUUACAUGUGGAAAAUGUAUGGCGCGGAAUGGAUCCAAAGGCUGAGGUAAAUAUGUGGCUUACCAAUGUAGGAAAGAUUAGAAGUGAUAUUGCUAGCAUGCAAGAGAAAAUUGAUAAAGAUAAUAGGUGUUUAAACGGAUGUUUGCCAAAUUAUACGUCUCAAUAUAAGCAGGGGAAACACAUUAAUAAGAAAAUUAAAGAAGUCGACAUGCUCCUGGGACAGAGCAUAUUUCCAGAUGAUUCGUUGGUUGAUAUGAUGCCUCAGAGGGGAAAGAUAUUGCCAACAAUCUCAUUGGUGGGAAAAACCGCUCAAAGAAGUUUGGAGGUUGUAUGGAAGUAUUUGAAUGAUGGACACACUGGGAUAAUUAGUAUUUAUGGAAUGGGGGGAGUGGGCAAGACAUCCAUCGUCGUAGCAAUCAAUAAUCAACUUUUGAGAGAGAGCACAAUUUUUGAUAAUGUCAUUUGGGUUACGGCAUCCAAUGAUUCAAAUGUCCAGAAAUUGCAAAAGGAUAUUGCUACAGCUGUAGGUUUAUCUUUUGAUGCUGAAUAUGAUGACAUGACAAGAGCAGCUCAAUUACAUGAAGCGUUGAUGCGAAGACGUAGAUUUCUUUUAAUUAUAGAUGAUUUGUGGGAAGCAUUUCCUUUGGAGGUUAUAGGAAUCCCAUCCCCAGGUUACGGACAUGACUGCAAGUUGAUAAUAACUUCUAGCUCCAUGAUGGUUUGUUGUGGCAUGGAAACAGUGAGCGAGGUUGAAGUUAGUGUGCUUUCUGAGGAAGAAGCGUGGGACCUCUUUAAACAAAAGGUCGGUGACGAGGUGCUAGCAUCCCCAAGAUUACAAGUUGUUGCCAAGGAUGUGUCGAAGGAGUGCGGAGGUCUCCCACUAGCUAUUGUAACAGUUGGUCGGGCUUUAAGAAGAGAAAAUGAUCUGAGGCAAUGGCAAAAUUCAUUAAGCCAGCUAAAAAGUGCAAUGGGAAGAAUACACGGGAUGGAGAAUCGAGUCUUUGCACGUCUAAGAUUUAGCUAUGAAAGACUGAGGGACAAUAUGACUCGAUCUUGCUUUCUUUAUUGCGCAUUGUACCCGGAGGAUCAUCACAUUGAGACUGAAGAACUGAUAAAAUACUGGAUAUGGGAAGGUCUGUUGGAUAAUCUUGGGUAUGGAGAAUCCAAGAAGCUGCAGGGAGAGAUAAUACUAGAUGAACUGAAAAAUGUAUGCCUGAUAGAAAGUGUGGGAUUGAAUGAGUAUGUCAAGAUGCAUGACCUCAUUAGGGAUAUGGCGAUAGCUGUUACAAGAGUGAGUCCACUGUUUAUGAUCCGAGCAGGACAUGAAAUUUGUGUCCCACCUGUUGAGAGUGAAUGGGUGGACGGCCUUGAAAGAAUCGCAUUAAUGAGAAAUGAUUUGAGCUCUUUGAGUUUUGAACCGAGAUGUCCUAAGCUAACUACGUUGCUAUUGCAGUAUAAUUCAUUGUCCAAGGGCAUACUUCCUUCUUUCUUUAACCAUCUACAGAAUCUCAAAGUUCUGGACUUAUCUUACACAGGCAUCGCUAGGUUGCCUGAUUCACUUUCUAAUCGGGGAAACCUCCAUGCUUUGCUUUUACGUAGUUGUUGGAACUUGCAUCACGUUCCAACAAUGGAAACGCUCAAGGAGCUGAAGGUUUUGGAUCUCUCUUCUACAUCAAUUGAGAGUGCACCGCUGGGGAUGGAAAUGUUACUCAAUUUGAAGCAUCUGGAUCUAUCCUACACUGCCGUUUAUGAAUUUGAUAUUCAAAUCUUAGGAACAUACAGAUUUCUGGAGAAUCUCUUAACUAUUGGUCUAUGGCAACCUUUAAUGCUCGGUUUGGAUUUUGUUAAUGUUGUGGAACGCUGCACCAACUUGAUAAACCUUGAAGCCAAUUUCAGUUCCUUGCAGGAUUUCAAUUUUUAUGUCUUGUCAGAUCAUUGGAACACGCUCGAGAGUUUCAAAUUUUGCAUAGGCUAUCCCCGGUCCUGUAAACUACCUGGAAAAAAUAGUGUAGGAUUAUUUGGGAUUCACGUUGUUGAAAGGGAAGCCCGUGCUUCUUGGUUGCCAGGGAAACUUGAGUUGGCCAUUCAUGAAUGUUCUGGCAUCACUCGCUUACCAAUUUUUAUUAUGAAUGCCUCUUCCGACCUAAAGCGUUGCAAAAUAAAGUACUGUGAUGAGCUGGAGUGGAUUAUAACUCCCGAGUGGGGCACAUUUCCCAAUUUAGAGUUGCUAGAGAUCGAGGGUCUGAGCAGAUUGCAAAAUAUAUGCAAGGGGAUUCCACCAGCAGGCACUCUUUCAAUCCUUAAGGUGUUGAAUAUUAUUGCUUGUGAUAAUCUCAGAACUCUGCUGCCACUUGAGUUAGUGCAGCAACUCAAAAACCGCGAAGAGCUUGAGUUGGAAAGGCGUUCGAUGCUGGAGGAGAUAGUUACAGAAGAAGCGGGAAAUGACGAGAUCAUUCAAGAGAACAAUAUUUGUGAAGUGGUCCUCCCAAGUUUGCGAAAAUUAAGAUUAGUUUCUGUACCAAGACUGAGAAGCAUAUGCAGAGGUCCAAUGAUUUGUGAUUCCUUAACGACUAUUGAAGUCGUCGAUUGUCAGGAGCUGGAAGUACUUCCCUUCUUUCUGGAAAUAAGGCAGCAACUUGUUGACUCUCUCAAACAGAUAAAAGGAAGCAGAAGGUGGUGGCGGACAUUAGAACUGAACCACCCUGCUGCGACGUCCCUCCUUGCUCCACUAGUUAGACCUGAAAGGGAGCAGCCUCCUUUUUCUGCUGCUAAUGUUGCUGCUAAUCGUCUAUCAAGGGCACAUAGAAACGGGAAUCCAAAAUUGCUGAUGGCAGCAUCUGCAGUACUCCUAUCAAUCCAGCCUCUGAUGGUUUCUGCUGUACACACUGGCAUCUUGCUGCUGCUGUUGGGGUCAGCACUUGCAAUAAGCUUCUUGUCCUGUGUGAAACAUUGUUUGCUGGAUAUGAUAUUUCUUCAGUCUUGCCCUGAACUUUUCUUCUUCUCUGUUGCUGAAAAUCUAUCUCUAUGGACAAUAUCUGUUGACAAAUUUGCUUCAUCACCUGAGAAUGGCCAUACACCAAUAACUCUAGGUCAACAAAAUAACCAACUUACACAAUUUUCACAACCUAUAGCUAUGAUAUCAGGGGACAAUGUCAUUAAAACCUAG